AUGUAUGCUGUUGAAUUGAAAAUCAUUCAAGGUUUUAAACCUACGAAGAAUGAAUGGUAUGUAAAAGAGUCUGGACGAAGACGUAGAUUCGCGACUCCAAUAGCUGAAGGGGUAGGUUCAUCGUCUCAACCAAAGAAGAAACAAAAGAAAAAGAUUCAAACUAUAUUGGUUGAUGAACCUGAAGAUGAUAUUCCUACUGAUGAUGUGGAAAAGGAACAAGAAGUGUCUACUGGUGAAGAUUUUAUGCUUGAUACAGAUGUGUUUGAAACAGGGACAGAAGUUGUGGCAGAUGUUGAUAAAGAGAAAGAAAAGACAGUGGAUGAUAUAGAAGGUGAUGAUGUAGAUAAAGACACAACUAGUUCAUCUAGUAUGUCUGAAUUUGAGAUGGUGGAUACACGAGAAAGUGAGAAACGUAUGAGAGAGGAGUUGGAGAAAGAAAAGCUGUUAAGAAAGAGAAAGAGAACAGAGAAAGAAGAUGAAUUGUAUGUGCCUUCGCCUGAACAUGAUUCCGCUUCUAAGUCUUCUUCAAGAGUUACAAAGAAAGUUGGUGGUAGAAAGAAGAGUACUUCAAAGGUUAGGAUGACAAAACGUCCUCAAAAGAUCUUGAAUACACCUCCUUCUCAAGCAACAUCUUCACACCAACUUACACCUCCUCAAUCUCCUAUACAUCAAUCUCCUCCUCUCUUAAAGUUGGAAAAGAGAAUUGAUGAGGUGAUAGCAGAAAACAAAAAGUGGGUAGAUGAAUGUAAAAGAAUUACUGAAAGAGAAAGGUUUCUUGCUGGUAAAGUGCAGAGAUUAGAAGUUCGAGUGUCUGAGUUAGAAGAGGAGAAGAGUCGUCGAGAAAGUGAGAACGAGUACUAUAAGCUGAAAAACAAAGAACUUAUGGCUGCUAAAGCACUACAUGAACAUAAGUUUUACAUGCUGAAUAGGGUUGUGGAAAGUAUGUUGGAGACGUCUGUGGAACAAAAGUAUGAAGAAUUGAAGUUGGAUGAUCUUCGUGCUGAACGUAAAGCAGAAGUUGAGAGGCAAAUGAAAGACAAAGGUAAAGCUGUUGAAGGAAGUUCUGCAAUGUCGAUUGUGCCUUCAAUGGUGGUAGAUAAUCCAGUGCCUAUAUCCUCAGUACCGGGUGAUGAUGAUGAUGAUGCUGCAAGAGAUUCUGGUGUGAGAGUUACUGAAGCUGCAAAAGAAAAAGUUGUAGAAGAUCUGCUGAACGACACAGUAAAUGAGGAAAGUGGUGAAGCUGGGGGAAAGGGGGAGUCGAGCAAGAAUCAGAUUGUAGAGCAUCACGAACCCCUGUUCUUAUGUCUAGAUGUGUAUAGGGAGAUGUUAAAUGAUGUAAACCCUGAGAAUCCAAUUGAUCUUGAAGCUGAUCUGGAAUCUUUUGAUAUCAAUAAACAGAAAGAUUACAAGUAUAACUAUGUUGCGGAUGCAGAUCAGUACGAUAGGGUUGAAGUAGAGGACUGUUCUGAUAAUGAGGAUGUCCCUGAAGAUACAUCAAAACUUCCAACGUUGAUGGAGUUUUUCACAGCUGAAAACAGAGAUGAGUUACGCCAAAAGGUGACUGAAGCAGUAAAUGAAAAUGUGUUUGAGUGUUUGAGAAAAGAAGCUGAACAAGUAAAUCAAUCAAAUGUUGAGAAAGAAGAUCAUUCAAAAUGGUUUAAAGACGGUCAUGAAAGAAAGUUCAAGAGGCCUUUGAAUUGGGGUUUUCUUCCUCAGGUCAAUGCCUAUGCAGUCAGAAGAGAAUUUGGUGUCCAGUACUUUAAACGUUUAUAUGACAUUAUGUCAUUACCUUGGUGGGAUGUCGAUGAGUUAUCUCAGGUGAGAACAUUGGAGUAUGAGGUGAGACAGAAUGAUAAAGCAAUGUGGGGAUUUAAGUCAGUAAUUAUGACUUAA